UACACGAAUAAAUACGACAACAUCGAUCUCGGAAAAAUCUUGACUAACGACCGUUUAUUCCUCAAUUAUUUCAAGUGUUUGAUGGAUGAACACACAUGCAGUCCAGACGGCGCCGAGCUGAAAAAGGUCUUACCUGAUGCUCUAUCCAACAAGUGCGCCAAGUGUACUGAACGCCAGAGGUCUGGAUCCGAAAAGGUCAUUCGUCACCUGAUCGACAACAAACCUGAAAUGUGGGCGAAAUUGGAGGCCAAAUAUGACCCAAAGGGCACAUAUAGGAAAACUUACAAGAACGAAGCCGAAAAAUUGGGUAUCAAAGUCUAGAUUAAAAUAAUGCCACGGAGUGACCUGAGACUCAUCAAAAACGUUGGCCCCAGAAUGACACGUAAUCCAAAUCAGAGUUCCUAAUUUAAAUGCAGAAAAAAAUCAUGAUUAAUGUUCAAAAUUGACGUUGAAUGUGGCCAAAAGUAAUAAUAAAUGAUGAUAUUUUUUCGUCGUGAAAACUUUUGCGUGAAUUUUCGCUUUUCGGUUGAUUUUGAUAAAGAGAAGCACGAGGAAGACAAUGACGAUAUGAAAAAUUGAAAAUUUAAGGAGCAAAAUUAUACCAGUCAGUUACCUCUACCUCUAUUUUUCUCUCUUUGAAUGAUAGUCAUAUUUUUUCCAUCUUAAUUUAUUUUUAAAUUAAUUUAAAUUAUAAAUUGCCGUCGCGAAGGACUAAAAUAAACGUUUUUAUUGUUUC